AUGUGUCCGGCGAUGGGAUCGAGGCACGUGGUGGCCGUCCCUUAUCCGGGACGGGGACACGUCAACCCCAUGAUGAACCUCUGCAAGCUCCUCACUACCUCCCAACCCAACCUCCUCAUAACCUUCGUCCUCACUGAGGAGUGGCUCGGCUUCAUUGGCUCCGAUGAGAAGCCGCCGUCCGUCCGUUUUGCCACCAUCCCCAACGUCCUGCCGUCCGAGCUGGAUCGCGCCGCCGACAUGGUUAGCUUCGUCGGGGCCACCCAGACCAAGAUGGCGGAGCCGUUCGAGGAGCUAAUUGACCGGCUUGGCCAGCCGGUUGACUUCAUUGUUGCAGACACUUUCCUCAAUUGGGCGGUUGAGGUCGGGAACCGGAGGAAUAUUCCGGUGGCGUCGCUGUGGCCAAUGCCGGCCUCAGUAUUCUCCGUGUUUUACCAUUUUGACCUUCUUGUAAGCAGCGGGCAUCACCCAUUCGAACUCUCUGAAAGUGGUGACCAACGGGUGGACUAUAUCCCCGGCAUUGCUUCCAUCCGUCUGGCCGACAUCCCAUCAAUCGCCCACCUCAAAGACCAGCGCCUCCUUCGAAUAGCCCUUAAGAUUUUCCCAAACGUGUCCAAGGCACAAUGCCUACUCCUCAGUACCGUCUACGAGCUGGAGCCCCAAGCCGUAGAUGCUCUAAAACAAGAGUUCCCAUUCCCCGUCUACACCAUCGGGCCCGCAAUACCCUACUUAAACCUCAAGAACAAUCAAAAAGAGCACGGAGACGGUGGUCAGCAUCACUAUUUCGAGUGGCUGGACUCGCAACUCCCGAGCUCAGUCUUGUACGUCUCGUUGGGGAGCUUUCUCUCGGUUUCAUCUCUCCAAAUGGACGAAAUUGCCCUUGGCCUACGGGAGAGCGGUGUAAGAUUCUUGUGGGUAGCCCGUGGGGAGGCGGCUAGGCUUCAGGAGAAAUGUGGGGUCAUGGGAAGGGUCGUUUCUUGGUGUGAUCAGCUGAGGGUUUUGAGCCACCCCUCGGUCGGGGGGUUUUGGACCCACUGCGGUUGGAAUUCGACCAUGGAAGGUAUUUACACGGGCCUGUCGAUGAUCGCGUUUCCUAUAAUGAUGGACCAGACAACGGUGCGUAAGCACAUCGUGGAGGAUUGGGAGAUUGGGUUGGACGCGCAAAGGGACGUGAAAGUUGGGAACUUGUUGAGAAGCCAACAAAUAGCCGAGCUCGUCAGGAGGUUCAUGAACUUGAAGAGUGUUGACAGGAAUGUGAUGACAGCAAGGGCGAAAGAGCUACAGAAGGUCAUGUUACGGGCGAUUUCAGACGGAGGCUCAUCCAAGGCCAACCUCAUAUCUUUUCUCCGUGAUAUUAAGGUGAACUAA